AUGAAGAAGGGAGAGAAAAAAAAAAAAAAAUCUUUAAAUAAAGGAAAGGAAAAAGAACACGAUAAAAAGGUUAUAGAAAAAAAUAAUAAAAUUAAGGAUAAAGAAAAGUAUAAAAAUAAAGAUAGAGAGAAAUAUAAAAAUAAAGAUGAGAAAAAUCAAGAUAAAGGAAGAGGCAACAACAACAAAACUAAUAACAACAAUAAUAACAAUAACAAUAAUAAUAAUAAUAAUAAUAAUGAUAUAUUUAAUCCUCAAUUAAGUGCUAGGGAACUAAAGAAAAUACAAUACUAUGAAAAUAUGUUUAAACGUAUGGAACAACAAAUUGAAGAAAAUAAUAAUGAUUCACAUGUAAAUAAUAAUAAUAAUAAUAAUGAGAAGAAAAAAAAAUUAAGUCAAUUAAAAAGAAAUAGUAAGAAGGAACAAGGAGAUUAUGAAGAAAAGAAAAUUUGUGAGAAUGAAUAUAACAAGAAAGGAAUGCAAGAAAUUGAUCAUAGCAAUGUGAAUGAUAGAAAUAUAAAUGAUAGUCAUAUGGAUGAUAGCCAUAUGAAGGAUAGCCAUAUGAAUGAUAGCCAUAUAAGUGAUAGCCAUAUGAAUGAUAACCAUAUAAGUGAUAGCCAUAUGAAUGAUAACCAUAUAAGUGAUAGCCAUAUAAAUGAUAGUAAUUAUAAACGUAUUAAAAAGGAUGAAGACUCAUAUAAUAAAAGUAUUUCAUCUAAUCAUUAUGAAAAAUCCAUAGAAAAAAUAGAAAAUAAUAUUAUGUGUAGUGACAAAAAUAUAAAUGAGAAAAUGAGUGAAGAAGAUAAUAAACAUUAUAAUGAAGAAGAAAAA